AUGGUCGACCGAAUCCAUGCAGACGAGGGCAGUGUAGCCAACAUCAUACAAUUGAUAGUUAUCCAACAGAUGGGCUUAGAGACAAAGAUUAAUAAAUCAGCCAAGUCGCUGACUGGUUUCAAUAGCAUAACAACGGUUACUGUGGGUAUAAUAGAUCUCGAUGUCUACUCCCUACCUAUAAUCAGCUCGCAAACGUUCAUGAUCAUUGAUGAAGUCUCACCCUACAAUGGCAUUCUAGGCAGACCAUGGAUCAGCAAGACCAACGCCAUCACCUCCGCUACACAUCAGAAGAUUCGCUACCCAAUCCUUGGGGGUGGUAUCGGCUAG